GUUGGUCCUACAACGGUGACCGUGGUUCAGUUAUUCGCAAAACAGCUCGGAACGUCGUCGCUACGUGGUGUUGUGCGCCUUGCCGUUGCCUUCGGUCGGUUUACUCGCAACGCAACCCGGACAAAUGUUCGCUGUGUCGCCUUUCGGCGUGUUUAGUGUGUACCCGCUAGUGCUAUAGUGCAGGUGCUUUACUAUUGAUUGUUGUCCUCUAUAUAAUCGGUGAAUGUCCUGUGUGACCAGGAUGGGUCCUUAGCAUUCCAUCAAGGAAGCGCUAGAUCACCAAAUUUAAUAAAAAGUACUUUGGAGAAAAUCCCUUUAAAAGCUGUUAGAGUUCAUAUCAAAUUGAAGAACAAUUCGCAAAGUUUCAAACAUCAUAUUCUUUAUGCAAUUGCUGACCAACAGUAACAGUGUAAAAUUGAAACCAAAUGUGCAUUUAACUGACGAAAACAAGAAAUCGAAAAAAGUGUAAAGAAGCCUAAGAAAUAUGACUAUAUGCCUACCUUUGUGUCACUCAACCUGGCUUUGACAAACGUCAUUUGUGCGCAAUAACGUAAGACAACCGUCGGAGCGUCGGUGGUGGUGGAGGAUAAAAAUAAGCGAAGCGUUUGUUGCCAGAGUUCGGUGUUCGGCGUUCCACGUGUUUUAGUGAUUAUCGUUCGUAAGUACCCUCCAUUUCUUGGAAGCUCUACUCUUGGAAAAAGUCAGGAAGGAAGGAAGGAAGGAAGCCAGCCAGCAGCAGCUACUGAUUUCGUUUGUUCGUUUAUUUUUAAAUCGUGCUCCAUCCAGCGGCGGUGGCCGUGCUUCUUCCUGUUCUUCUUCGAUUAGCUAUCGCAAAACUAGUGCCAGUGUUCCGGUGUCCUCCUCGUUUGUAGUGCUAGCUAGUGGUCUUCUCACAGUUAUUUGUUGUGCACGUGGAAUGUGCACAAACAAAACGUGGAAGUGUAAAGUGUUAAACGACGACGACGACGACGACGUUUGUGAAUGAAUGAACUUCCCCGUAGUCCGUGUGAUUAGAGCAUCAACCUAGUUGUUGGUACGCAGAAGGAAGGAAAAACAAUUGUGUGACUGAAGAAAAAUACAGUUCCAAUUGUGGCAGAAAAAUCUGAAUACCAACAUACCAGCUGAUUCAACCUGUUUCAACAAAAUUUUAAGUGAAACCAUGGCUGCUGUUAAGGCAGCAACAGCAACAGCAACGGGAUCAACCCCAGCAGUAGCAAGACGUCACGCUUCAAGGAUGACCUAAUCAUCAUCCCCUGAAACGGACGAACGUACGUACGGACGGACGGCCUACCCCAAAUAUCGGUCCCCAUUGCGGGUCAGUGCAGUUGCGCCGCAGUGCAAGCAAGGUCAGCCACCGAAUUUCCUACUCAAACCGAAACAAGCUUCGCAGCUCGCAGCUCGCAGCUCGCAACCGCAAGUUGUUGUAUUCAUCCAAGCCGAGCAGUGUGAGAAAUCUCUCAGGUUUUGUUUUUUUUUUUGAGGGUGAUCCGUGAAGAUUCUGUGUGUGUUUUUUUUUUCUAAUAAGUAUUUUUGUUUGGAAGCAUCGGAACAUUUAGCGUGAGAAGUUACUGCUGCUAAGGUGAAGAGUGAAGAGAGUGAAAAACCCCCACGGGAGAGGCCUCGCUAGAACGCGAGCGGGAGAGAACGAUUGCAUUUUGUGCAAUUGCGCGUAGUGCACCGAGUCUUGGGGUAUCGAACGACACAAACUACUAGCCCUGGCUGCCUCCGUGAACGGGCGGCUUCUAGUGCAUCUGCCCUAGCAAAUUUUGUGCGGAAGGGUUUCCGCUGCGCUGGGCGGCAGUUGGUUGUGCGACGAGGAAUCUAUCGCGCUCUCCUCCCCCGGAUAUUAUUGUAGCAACCAAAAUGCUCUCCUAUAUGCUACCAGUUGAGGAAAAAUCGCCCUCAGUGACGGCGGCCAGUGCUGCUGCUGCGGCGCGGAAUUUAAGCUUGAAUCUGAACAAUACCACAACCACCAACGGGGGUGGUGGCAGUGUCCCGGCCUCGAACGGGGCCACCAAAGGACAGGCAACCGGAAUCCGGAAAGCGGACGGUUCGUCCAAAACGUCGUCGGUGCCAGUAGUGUUCGCUGGUGGCAACAGCAGCAGUCGUCCCAGCUCGGGAACGACGACGACAACGACUUCCGGAAAAGUGAUCAAAUCGGCCAUCAAAACAAAUCAUCGCUAUCAUCUGGUCGGCAGUAACGGUGGUAACGGAUCGUCGACCGGGGUGGAAGAGAACGGCGGUGGUGGCAGCAGAAAACGGUUCGGAAAGCGCGUUGGGGACAGUGCAGUUGGUCGCCCCAAUCGGAAUGGUGGAUCCGCCGCUGCUAGUAGUGCUGGGGCAGAAGAUUUGAGUGACGAACACACCAGUCUGCUCGGCGGUGGUGGCGUCGGUUCAAAGAGCGUGAAAAGUGAUAAAAAUUUCAACAAUCUCAUCCUGAUCAACGGGAACGGGAAUGUGAAUGUGAAGCUCGCAAGUGUACUGAAGAAUUCCUCGCAGAAGAAUGGCACCGUCGUCAGUGGUUUGGGGGGAAACGGUGCACUGAAUGGUGGCAGUGGUGGUGGCGGUGGCGGUGGUGACCUACAGUACGGGGGACCUCUCAAGGUGGCCAUCAGCAGCAGCCACAAUGGUUACAGUGCGGUGAAUAACUGUGAUGAAGAUGAAGAGGAAGACGAAGACGGAAAUGCCCAUGAAGGAUUCGAUUUGGUCGCGGCCAACAAUCGUAAAAAUACCCAACAACAACAACAACAACAGCAGCAGAAGCAGUUGCAGCAAACGAUCAACAACGGUGGCAACAAAAUGAGUGCCAGUGCUAGUGUAACCAGAAAUCUGAACGGAAUCAACGGUAAUCAGCAACCGCCGGCAGGACCCCAGCAGCAGUCCUCGGUGGAAACGCCGAGCAGUGGCAUCAUCGUGGAUACCAGCGAUGCCGACUCGGAACAGACCGCCACCAGUGGCGGUGGUGGUGGUGGCGGCGGCGGCGGGGCCGGUACCGAUGGGUCCGGCGCCGGCGGAAAGAAGGUCAAGAUGAACAAGCUUGGCGGCAGCAAGAAUGUGACGCUCAAAAGGGUCUCAUUCGGAUCGUCCAAAGGUUCGAUGGUGGAAACGCUUGUUUUCGAAACGCCAACUCCGCUGCCGGAGCAUGCCGAGCGGGAGUUUUUCCACUCGCCAGCCGUUCUGGCCGGUGCCGGUACCACCGUCAACAGUGUCCACCACUAUCACCAUCACCUUCCGCACUAUCAUCAUCCGCUGCAGCAGCACCAGCUCCAGAACCAGCAACAACUGCAGCAGCAGCAGCAACAGCAGCAGGACAGCAGCCUAGCUGGCCUGGAUGACAGUGGCAUUGAACUACAGGAAGAAGUCGAACGUUCCAAGGUGCGUGUAUCGUUUUUCCAGAGCAGUAAACCGCAAUCGAUAAGCCCGCCCGAAUCGCUACUGUUCGGUGGUGGCCACAAUCUGAUCCAUUUUGGCGGACCCGGAAGCGGCGUCGUCGGCGGCGGCGGAGGAUAUGAUAACAACAACUCGCUGCUAGAUUCGUCAUCGUCCUACAUUACCUCGGCGGCACUCAAUCAGCAGUACGAUUCGUUGCUGGCCGGACACCACCCGUACAGCGAUCAUCCCGCCUACAAUCCGGACGAUCCCGCUAGCAUGGCGGCAGUGAUGGCCUACGAUCGACAGAUGAGCACCGAAUCAGGAUGGGAUAAUCCGUUCCGGCCCGGUGGAGAUCUGUCGCGGGAAGCAGACGAGAUUGUCAAUCUCAUCAAAGGUGGCAAACCAAUCACACCGACCGGCGACCAGAGUCUGCUGAACGGUAGCGCACCAAAGGACAGCAGCGGCGACCACCCGGCGGAAAACGGUGGCAGUACGGUAGUGGAUGGCGUUGCGACUAAGCUCGAAUCCGCGCAACUGCAGAGCAGCCAGCAGCAGCAGCAGCCAAACGGCACGAAAUCCUCACCUCAGAAAGGUGGUGGAGGAGGAGGAGGAGCUGCCACAGCAGCCUCUGCGGCAUCGCCACACAAGAACGGAGCGACGGGUCAGCCGGGACAACAGCAGCAGCAGCAGCAGACCCAGGUCAGCAAUCAGGUGAUACCGGGGCCCCAGUCCGCGUCGCACGUGGUCAUCGACGAGAAGAAGAAGAAAAAGUGCGCCUGCUGCGUAAUACAGUAAUGAUGACGGGGAGGGCGGUUGCGCUUGGGUGUUAGUGUGGUGGUUGGUCUGUGUGAGUGUGUGGAUGUAUGUGUGAUGAUUGUGGGGAUGAAUGUGAUGAGAUGGCAGACAGGUGGACAGAAAAAGCCGCACGCAAUUGGAAAGUGAGUUUUUUUUUAUUAUUUUUAACCUAUUGUUUUUACGUCUCUGGAAGUACUGUUUUUUUGGUCGUUUGUUUGUUUUUGUAUAAGUGAUUUGAUUUUAUACACAUUCUCAUUAGUAACUGAAAAGUGGAACUGAAUCGAAAGUGACAAACAAAGUGUCAUUUUUUAUUCUUCUGUGAAUGUAAUUAAGUUAUUUUACCUAGAGAGGGCAGUCAGUAGAAGCGCUGGGGGGAGGAAAACCCCAGCGCUGAGGAGGAGGAGGAGGUUUAUACUGUGUGAACGAGUCCGAGAAUCGAGAAGAAGAGAAGCAGUACAGUUUAUGUAUCUUUGUGUAUCUGUAAAACGACAUGUAAUAAUUAAUUGUAAAUUAGGACAAAUAAUGAUGCUUCGCAGAGGUUGGAGUUCCUUUCUUUCGGAGCGCUAGGCAGCAUGGUUAAACAAUCCGGGGGAGAGGAACAAAUCGAGUGGAUUCGAGAAAACCAUGUUUUAUACGUAGGAUUUUUAAUUAUUAACGGACUCAGUUUCUUUACUCUUAUUUAUACAUGUACUAUUCUAAACCGCAGAUAAACAAGCAAAGCAGAAACCAACAGCAAUGGUAGUAUAUAUUAUUAUAUUAUGUAUUCGAAUUAUUGUUUAAACUAAACACGGCUAGGUUCAGUGUUAGCUUACGGAACGAACGGAGAACUGCUGCUAGAUGGGUUCUUUAGUUUGGAAGGAUGCAUGGAUCGAAGGGAAAUGUUUGGCUUUUUCUAGAGAAAAAUUCUAAGCGUAAAAUUCUUUCCGGUUUUAGUGGCCCAUUUGUGCCAAAUUUGUAACUCUGAAUUUAAUUCAGACUGUCAAUCAACGGUUCUAUUGGAAUCGUUGCUUGGAAAAACUACACUUAAAAGUUCCAACGCGCAUGUAAAUUGAUUUUAUCGACACUCUUCACAAUUAGAACGAUUUGUAACUCAUGAUUCAUGCUCUAGAAGAAGUAACAAAAACGCAUUUGCUGGUACGCAGUAGCUUGUUGAGUUGAUCAUUUUGUAGUUUUGAAUCGAUCGAUACAGUCACGUUUGGUAAUCAGAAGUCGUUUAACUCAUACUAGAAACCAGACCAUAACUGUGUAUAUUAUCAUUUAGGUAUUUUUGCGUAAAAAUCUGGUAGAUUUAGUUUAUCAUUCUACCUUUUACUGAAAGCAGCAAACGAUAUGAUUCAGGAGUUGCGAAAAUAAAAAUAAAAGUACACACACACUCACAGUGGCCGCUGGUAAAACAAAUAAAGAGUUUAGUAAAUGAUCAGAAGAAGUAAAAAAUCGUACAUAAACAGAACCACGUGAUUAAUUGUUAGUUGGAGCAAAAUAACAAAAUAAAAAAAAAAUGUUUAAAGUGUCGAAAUAGUCUACAAACAAAACAGAAAACUAAUGGCAUGCUUUAUGUGCUAUCAAACACAAACAAAAACCUAGAUAAAAAGCUCGUACAGUUUAGCAAAAACAGUUUCAUGCGUUCGCCGCCCGCACGCCGCAGCCACUCACACUCACACACACGCACGUUGCUCUCCGUUGUUUUUGAACAGCAGCUCCAAACCGCGCCGGUACAACAACACUCAAAAGAAAGAUUUUCUCUCGAAUUAACAGCAAAACGGUUAAAGUGCGUGUGUUGAACAACUCAUUUGCAAAAGAAAAAAAAACAAAAGCAUUCACCUAUUUCGUGUUGCGAAACGAAGACGCAACUCAAAAGCAGUCACUACUCACUCACACAUAAACACACAGUUUUAGCAGAAAAAAAACAAAAGUAAAGCAAAUUCUCUUCUAGCAUUAUGAACCUAUACUAUUAAGCGUAAAUAACAUACAAACACACAUAACUAAAGAGAAGAAGAAAAAAAACCAUCAGCGACUAUUUCAAUUUGAACCGACGAAUAUCUGCAAAAAAAGGAAAAAAUAAUAAAUUACAUCUAGUAAAUCAUGAGUAAAAAGUAAAUCGAAAGUAAAUAAAAAAGAAAACCUAUUUAAGAGUAACUAUAUGAUCAUAUUUAUUGAAACAAUACAAAGAAGAAACAAAAAAAAAACACAAAAACGAAAGGAAAAUAAUCGUAUAUAUUUUCGUACUAAACUGCAAAACCAAACCAAGAGAAGAAUCCAAGCGGAAGAAAAAAAAAACCAGGCAGAAAAAACAAACGAGAGAAAGAGAGAGAGUUCUAAAAUACACAAGAGUUGCGCAAACCCUGCUAUUAUAGUGCCCUGUGUCGUGAACGGAACGGAAAAACGAACGCGCGGAACCUAAGCGUAAAGAAAGAAAGAGAAGACCGAAAAUGCAAACCGACGAAUACAAGAAGAAAUUUCAACCGGUAAAGGCCGGAAAAUCCUGACACGCGAAUCAAACAAAGAGAGAGAGAGAGAGAACGAGAGCAAAAAGGAAAAGAACGUGAAAAACGAAAUGCGAUAUAAUAAGAGAGCGAAGAAAGGAAGCAAAUAAAUCACUUUGAA